GAAUUGCGAAUUCUGCACACCUGCUUAGCUGUGUGGCAACCCGCUACUUUGGGUGUUACUACUCGAGAUCACCACUGUUGCAACCUUCGACAUGGGCCAGCAGGUGCUGUGUGAUGCCUAUGGAACCCUGAAGCCUCAACAGACGGAAAUUGCGGUGCUCUUAAGCACAAACUCUCCGAGUGUCUUGCCCGGCGAAGACGUCGUCAGCAGCUGUCUUGAGACCAUUCCUUCGCCAGAGGGCCUGGCGCGCUUGGCCCUGAAUCGCUGGUCGCGGAGCACUGGUCUUGCUGGACAUCAGGAGAUCCUGGAUGCCUUCAUUAAACUCCAUGUGAGCGAGUCUAGCGCGGAGCUGAAGCCGGCUGCCAAGGCUUUCCUGUCGGAUGUCCGGAGCCGUUUGGUACAGCUAGUCCAGGAUAGCUUGGCGCGCUUUGGUGACGUCGAGGGCCCUGUCUACGACGAGGUCUACGGAGAGAACGCGGACAAGACCAAGAUCCCGGCAUACCUACCUGUCGUGUCGCACUUCCAGCUGCACUUCCACGACAUCGCCAAUGACAAGUCGCUCCACGCGGCGUGGGACAGCGCCCUGGCGGCCUGCAGUGCUGAGCUGGCGGACGCAGACGUUGGCCUGGGGAACAGCCCCAAGCGCCGGGCGCUGGUGUACCUGCUAUCCAUGGGGGAGGACAUUGCGUUCCUGCGCCUGGCGGAGGUGCUGUUGAAGGGCUCGUGUGAGUUCGUGUACGAGUGAGGCCGCCGGGUGGGUGAGGCGGAGCUGGUCGGGGAGCAGGUAGACGCUUGUUAAUACGUCUCCAUGCGGAGAGCUGUGGGCCCCUGUGGCUGGUUUUGCAGGCUGGGGGAGGGGGAAUACUGAGAGUAGGAAGGAAGGAGGGAGGCGGGGAGUGGAUGUGCGACAGGGCGGCGGUCUGCGGUGGGGUGGUGGUAGUGCUGUCGAGCGGGCGGGGCCUGCGGGCGUGGAUUUGUGAUUCUGCAGGGAAGCCUUUGCUGGAUGGAGGUGUGUGCCAGUGAAUCGGAAGAGCAGGUUGGGGCUCUGGAUUGCAGAGCCGGCAUGUAUCAGUUCUUGCCCGCGUAGCGUUAGGCGUUUCGGGUGUGCAAGCACGGCGACGUGCUAGCUCGUAAGGUGUUUCAGUCGCUGCAAGCAGAAGCGAAGAGAGAAAGCUUUUACCCGAGCGGCCUGCACGUGACCGAUGUGUAUAUGGAGAGAGGUCAGAGGACACGGUGACUGGGCGAGGCCACGUGCCAGUGCGCGGCUCUGUCGGCACCGCGGGAUCUGCGGGCCUCGCCUGGGUGCCUGUUCAGCGCGCAUGGGUGACCAGCAGGACUUUGGCGCAGGCAAUUAGUGGUGAUGCUUUUCCUACCGAAGCCGUUGGCCAUCCUGCAUGUGUAAGACAAGCUUCGAUCGGGCUCACCAAGUCAUCCUUUCGCGGCACGACAACGGUUGGCGGGUAGGGUACUCUUCAGAAGACCACUGAUUGAUGUGUUGGAUAAUACUAGCUUGUUCAUAACAAUGUCUGGUUUAUGGGGUUUAGUACGAUGACAGAACACGAAGACAUUCCAGCCUUGCCCGUCACAGCAACCGCUGAAGCAAAAGACCAGCACUAUAACCGUGUAAUCGACGUCAUUAUUCAAAUUCUUCAAGGCGAGGAUGACUGGGUGGCUGCCAUGGCAAGUGUGGCUGCACUCCUCCACUCCGCCUUCGAUUACUUCCACUGGACUGGUUUUUACCAGGCGGGUCCCCCUGGUGCCGAGACGCUAAUCAUAGGGCCCUACCAGGGCCACCUGGGCUGUCUACGCAUCCCCUACAGCCGGGGCGUGUGCGGCGCUGCGGCACGCAGCAAAGCCACUCAACUGGUUACCGAUGUGUCGAAAUUCCCGGGCUACAUCGCAUGCGCUUCCAGCACAAAGUCCGAGAUUGUCGUGCCGGUGGUAGAGGCCAGCAGUGGGUGCCUACGCGCCGUCCUAGAUGUGGAUUCGGACCUUCCGGCCGCAUUCACUCAGGUGGACCAGGACCAGCUGGAACGCUUGUGCGCCUGGCUGGGAAAGCAGGCCGCCUUCUGGAAGGAAGACGGCUAACACAGAGCAGAACCCAGCGCUCACUUGGGCGUUGAGUGGCUGCGGUCUUGUGUGGGGCUAGGCAUGUAGCAGAGGCCGUGUAGUAGCAGCAGCAACAGUACAUGCAGCAGAACAUAUUGCCAGAGCCCCCCAAUAUCUGUAUUGCUGUGCGCUCCUUACGUUGUGUACGCAAAGGAGCGUACAUCACCGUGUGCAUAUCUUAGAAUCGUAGAAAAAUAUAUGUAACCAGGGCAUGCCUC